AUGAUUUACUCACUAGAUGAUCCUCCUAACGAAAUUAUCGCCAAAAUUUUCUUCUAUAUCGACGGAACUUUGCCCGAGCUAUUCAUUAUCUCCCGUACUUGUCGUCAUUGGCGAGCAAUUAUUGUUGACGAAUGGUUCCUUCAACAACACUUUGCUCGUUUCUGCCGUAUUCAUACGAUUGGUCAUUGGCAGUUUGAAAAUGCAUCGAAAUUGGGACACAAUUCGAUUGAUAUCACUGGUGAUGAUCGGCUCUCUCAAACUGGUCAACCACAACAAGCAACAUGCUUUCUUGGUUCAUGCCUUCUUCUAGACGGUCGUUCAUCGAUUAAUAUUCCCGUUCGUGAUAUUCGACAAUAUCAAAUCGAUACAUUUUGCGUAUCGUUAUGGGUCAUGGAUACCUAUCCGAGAGGAAUCAGUUGGCGAACAGCUAUCGGCUCUUUGCAACAUCCAUUCAAUGCCUGGCUUCAUUUAGGUGUUAAUCUUCGUGCUGUACUGAAAAAUCAAGUAAUGAUAUCAACCGGUUCCGUACAUUUCUUUUGUGGUGCUCCGCAUCCCAUGAUGAAAAACACUUGGUAUCAAUUUGUGGCUCAAGUGUCUCGUAAUAAACAACAAUUAUUUCUUAAUGGUCAACUUCAGUGUAAUGUCGAUAUGAGUCGAAGAAUUGAUGCUGUCAUUGAUUAUCCUCAAUACUAUCGUUAUGACGAACGAUGGGAAGAUUAA